UAAUGCGCCUCAUCCUUGUAGAAAAACCCACACCUCGGAACCGCAAAGCAGGAGAAUUAUGCUCUCCAGUGGCUGCCAUUUACAGACAACAUGUCAUUCCGAAGAUAAAGAUUCGAUGUUUUUUCUGCGGUAUUUGCUGAUUUUUCGGUUGCCGCAGCUCAAGAAAAAAUCCCCGAGAAGCUGUAGAUGACACAUUCAGAACGUGCAGUUGUCACCAUUUCGCAACGCUCGGAAGAUUUUUCUCCCGGGCAUGACUUCGUUUGUCUAAAAGGACUCUGACUGGUUGUCUCGAAUGUCGCGGGUUUGUUGGACUCGGAUGUUCUGGCUUGAGAUUUUGGGGCUGGAUCUAGCAGGAAAUGUGGCGCUGAGCUCCGCUGAUGGCACGUCUGGGUGAUGGUCUGCAGGCGUUGAGAAGAGGAGACGAAAGGUGGAAGUGGGUGGACUACGCGGCGAUGCGCUGCUGGUCGAUUUGUUACUGCAAUCCAUUUCAAGCGCAAGGGAUCUGUUGUGGUUUGGCACUGGGCUGUCUGGGCCGUAGUGAGACGAGACUUUAACUCUGAGCUAGUCUGUAGGUGGUAAGACGUUGCCGUUGUGGUUGUGGAGUCCUCACAUCAGGUUAUGUGUCAAGGCUAGGUUAUGUGACAAGGCUAGUUUAUGAGCACAGAGCCGCAUGAUCCUGCCAAUUUUCAGUAGUUGGAGCUAUCGAGAUUGGAUUCGGCGAUUGGUGGCGAUCUUCUGGAAGACACUUUGUUCUUGUUUUACAAGCAUAUUUGGGUGCAGAUAACCGGUGGAAGACUCGGGGGAUUUGUACGACUCUUAAGGGACUUGCAGCAGGAAUUAUAAUGAGACGAAACGAUGGCGAAGAGAGUGGAAUCUGAUUGUCAGUACGAUGGAAGAGAUGCGUGCUGAACACAGAUUCUUCAAGCUUAGGCCAAACCACUAGUGAUGAUGGAACGGCGUAGUGAAAUAAAUUGUAUAGAAACUCUAUCAUGCACGUUGAGACUACCGGGGUAAUACCGGAAUUGCCACUGGAGUUCUCGGUUCAGAGGUGUGACAGGACUGGUAACUGCAAAGUUGUGGAAUUCCUGAAGCAGAAUAGGGGAACUGAAUUUGAUCUGAACUUGGGUGGUGUACAAGGCAAAGAUCUAGUGACAAUUCUAAAGAAACUUUUCGCUGUGUUGGCAAUCUCAUAAUCUGAGGACAUGGACAUCACAGGAGCAGCCUUUGUCGUCAUGGCUGCGAUCAUUUGCAGCGUUUUUGGGAUCCCCUUCACAGCCGCUGAAAAUGAAGGUCCAUUUGAGGUACGGAUUGCUUGUGGCUCCACCGUCGACUCCGUUGCACUAGAGACUGGAUACAAUUGGUCCAAAGAUAGAGGCUACACAGGGGGCAGCUCCGCACCUCUGAACGUGACAAAUAGAAUUGCGCCGCAACUCAACACGCUACGCUACUUCGAAAUCACAGAUGGGCCUGACAAUUGCUACAACAUUAGCGUCCCGAGCGGGCACUACUUAGUGAGGUUCUUUUUCUCGUUCGGAGCGGAAGAUAACGGAGGGAGAGAGCCGAUUUUUGAAGUAUCAUUGGAAGGAACGCUGGUGCAUUCACUAGCACCUGGGUGGAGCUCAAUUGAUAGCAACGCAUACGCAGAAUCGCUUCUCCACAUCACUGAUGGCGCUGCCACUGUCUGCUUCCACAGCGCAGGGCACGGAAACCCCGCCAUUGCCUCGCUUGAGAUUCUGCAGUUGUAUGUCGACGCUUACAAUAUGGGCUCUUCGGCGAAUCUGAACGUGGUGAUGCGCACUGUCAAGAGGGUGUCAGCGGGAGCGGAGGAAUCUGGGUUUGGGUCCAGGGUGCGCGGUGAUGAAUGGGGUGGCGAUCGCCACUGGGCUACGGACCAGGACCUCUUCGUCUCAGGGUGCGCGGGGGAAGCAAUCCACACGCUUGCCAGAAUCAGCAACUUCGGCAACCCGCCUAACGUUUACCCUGAAGCGAUAUACCAGUCUGCCACCACGAUUGGGACAACAAGCAAACUCUCGUACACUGUUUCUGUACAACCCAACCAGAAUUACUCGGUUUGGUUGCACUUCGCGGAGAUCCACCCUUGGAUUACGGGACCCAACAUGCGAGUGUUCGACGUGAUGGCCAACGGCGCUCUCUUGUUUCAAGGAAUAGACAUUGUGAAGAUAGUAGGAGAGCCAUUCAAAGCUCUUACCCUGAACAAGACGGUGAUGGUGACGAGCAGUAAUUUGACGAUCAGCUUCGUCGCCGUGAAGGGGCCUGUUGCGGUGAAUGCAUUAGAAGUCUUCCAGAUCAUUCCGCGGGGAUACGAAACCCAAGACGAAACUGUGUGGGCGCUUCACGAUAUCAAACAUAGCCUUCAACUACCAUCCCGUUUAGGAUGGAACGGAGAUCCGUGUGCUCCUCCGCUGCAUCCAUGGGAAGGUGUAAGCUGCGCGUUCGACUCCAAAGCCGGCGCUUGGUUCGUUUCUGCAGUUAAUUUAAAUAACGAGGGACUUCGGGGUCAGAUAGGUGAUACCUGGCCGGCAUUGCGGAAGCUUCAAGCACUGAAUUUGAGCAACAAUUUCUUGGAAGGCGAGAUUUCCUCUUUCGGCAACAUGACUUCCCUUACCUCGUUGGACCUUUCGCACAAUCGCCUGAGUGGGUUGGUACCCGCCAGUCUGGGAAAACUCACGUUGAAAAUAUUGUUGCUUAAUGACAACUUUCUAAGUGGCGAGCUGCCAGGGGCUGUGGGAGCCCUUCCAAUUCGUGGCACAAUCAUGAAUGUGACUAAUAAUCCUGGGUUGUGCGGGAUCGGCAUACGACCAUGCUCAACGAUGCCACUGAGCGUGAAGUUAGCUGUGACCCUUUCGCUGACCGCAGGCUUGAUAUGUCUUGUGGGCGGUGGCAUAUUUUGCUGGAAGAGAAAAAUCGCCAUUACGCGACCUCACCGACAUCAUCGAGAUGUACCUUACGCAAAGGCGCGCACAACAUUUGUACGCGACGUGCAGUUGGCCAGAAAUGUGUUGCAAAACCACUUCAGUAGACCUGCCCCUGCUUAUCAUCAAGUCAUGCCCUUCAAUCCCUACUGAAGACUUAUCUUCUUCGAUCAUUAACUCUACUGAAUUAACAGGGAGAACGUGCGUCAGCUAUGACUGUAACCGAGAAUGACAGUGCUACGAUCAAUCCGUCAACGAGAGUUCGACUUUAGAGAGUCAGAUAUGUUCUCAAAUUUUAAGAGGAUUCAGCAGAACUAAUGUUAAUGGUCGAUAUCUUUCAAAAUUUGUACCUCUCAGUGUAUUACCCAGCCCUAGGUACUCGUACGUUCAUCGUCACCCCGAUGACCAUACAAUGCUAGAAGUCUUGAAUAGAUGCUAGAAGUAGUCGGCACCAUGUCAGUUGAAAACAACUGCAGAUUAUUUACUUGACACAUAUAAAUAAAUGAUGAGCCAGUGAGAUUGAAGGA